UCACUUGACCCCUUGACCCGGCUUUGCCCGGCUUUGCCGUGCCAUGGCCGCCAUGGCAGUGCAGCAGGAACUUGCUGACUUGAGCGCAGAGGUCAAAGAACUCCGCCGGGAAGCUUCCAGCAUUGCCAAUGCCACGGAGCAAACCUUGGAUGAAUUGCUGCAACACAUGGAGGCCUUGCAGAAAGUACAGGCAGAUGCUCGUGAUGCCCGUAGCCAAACCCUAAGGGCCCAAAGCCCUGGCGGCCCUGGCAUUCCUGGCCGCAGCUCCAGGAUGAAUGUUGGCCAACGGCCGCGGCCCCAGGUGCUUGACGCGUCUAGUGAUGGGCCCUGGAAAUCCCGCUUUGAAAACUUUAUCUUGAAACAGCGGGAGCAAGCGGAGAGGUUGGCGGCAGCAUCUUCAGAUGAAACCAGCCAGCGCCUAGAGCAAGCGCUAGCCGAUGCGACCUUUGUAAUCGAAGAUGCAGAUUGCACACCAUCAAUGCGAAGGUUUCUGAUGACGACCUUGCAGAUGUUAAAUGCAUUAGCUGCUGCUGAAUCCCGGCGGCGGAGUUUGUUAGCCCCGUGAAGGGUCUUGAAUGCAUGGCAUUGGAGG